CUACUUCGCUCAUAGCGACUUUUGUACAACAGCGUCAUUGGCCGGGCAGCAAGAUUAAUCUUUUCGUAAGAGGUUUGCGGCAUGGAAGUCUUCGUUUUCAUAUCCACUUCUCCUUAACACCAGCGAAUAAAAACACAGUUUUUUUUUCUCAGCCAAUAAACCAUAUAAUUCAUCAAGACGCUGCGAGAUCACAUUUCCUACAUCUCUACGGUGGUAUGUGUUUAUGGAGAUCACUGAGCUCGAGACGACUUUUAAACCGUGUAUUGACUUGAAACUUGGAAGUCCCCUGAAACCCAGCCCACUGGACCUUAGCUACAGGAACAAACUGUGUCCUGAUCACAACCAAUACUUCCCCAGCCAGUCCCACCAGACCCUGUUCCUCUGAGACUAUGUGAAUGUGGACUGUGUUAUGGGUACAGAACCCCAAGGGCCCAGUCAGGAAGAGAAUCAGACUUUCAGGUUGCUAUGGACUAUUGGAUCAACUCCUGAAUCCUAUCAGCUCUGCUUGGAACUUCACAAUGGUGUUGUUUCUGACUGCAACAAUAAUAACCUUGAAUAACUCCUCUCAUGAGAACCAGACUACAGAAAACCCCACCCCCCAGGGUGCCCAUGUACUUUCCUAUAUGCUGGUCGUCUCUCUUCUUCUCAUCAUCAUCGUUCUCCCGACAGUAUACUUCCUAAGGUUUAGAAACCACAGGAAGGCUCUUGUCACCUCAGCUGAUAAGAAGAUUCCAAAUGGCUUCUUGGAAGAUCAAGGAGAGCAGACAGUGGUCCUCCUCCCACGAUCCCCAUCUCCAUCCAAGCGUUACUUCCCCAUCCCCCUGGACUCGCUAGAAGACCAGUUCCGGAUAUGCUCGGCAGACGACUGCAAGCUUUUCAGAGAGGAGUUCAAUUCACUUCCCUGUGGCUACCAGCACAGCUCAUUUGAGGAGGCUAGCAGGGUGAUCAACAGGGACAAGAACAGAUAUCCAAACAUCCUACCAUAUGACCAUUCCAGAGUGUUGUUAACUCAAAUCGAUGGUUAUUCUUGUACGGACUACAUAAAUGCCUCAUACAUAGAUGGUUAUAAAGAGAAGAACAAAUUCAUUGCAGCUCAAGGCCCAAUGCACGACACUGUGGCAGACUUUUGGCGGAUGGUUUGGGAACAGAAGACUGCUACUAUAGUGAUGCUCACUAACCUGAAAGAGAGAAAAGAGGACAAAUGUUACCAGUACUGGCCAGACCAGGGCUGUUGGAUGUAUGGGAAUGUGAGGGUGGCAGCAGAGGACUUUACUGUACUGGUGGACUACACCAUGCGCAAGUUCUGUGUACAAUAUCAGGGGAGUGAUGGCCCCAGGGCCCCCUGCCUGGUCACCCAGCUCCACUUCACCAACUGGCCAGACUUUGGGGUGCCCUUCUCCCCCAUUGGCAUGCUCAAGUUCCUCAAGAAGGUGAAGACGGUCAACCCGUCUUAUGCAGGACCCAUCGUGGUGCACUGCAGUGCUGGUGUAGGAAGGACGGGAACAUUUAUUGUCAUAGACGCCAUGGUUGACAUGAUGCAUGUAGAGCAGAGGCUGGAUGUCUUUGGGUUUGUGACCAGAAUACGGGAGCAGCGCUCUCAACUCGUCCAGACUGAUAUGCAGUACUCAUUCAUCUAUCAGGCUCUGUUGGAGUAUUAUCUAUAUGGUGACACAGAGCUGGAUGUGUCCUCUCUGGAAGGCCAUCUGCAGAAGCUCCACAAUACCAGAGCACCCCUCGAAAGGCUGGGCCUAGAAGAAGAGUUCAGGAAACUGACCAAUGUACGCAUAAUGAAGGAGAACAUGAGGACCGGAAACCUUCCUGCCAACAUGAAGAAGAACCGUGUGCUUCAGAUCAUUCCAUAUGACUUCAACCGGGUUAUAUUGUCAAUGAAAAGGGGCCAAGAGUUCACGGACUACAUCAAUGCAUCAUUUAUUGAUGGCUACAGACAGAAGGACUACUUCAUCGCUACCCAAGGUCCUCUGUCCCACACGGUGGAGGACUUCUGGAGGAUGGUGUGGGAGUACAGGUGUCACUGUAUUGUCAUGCUCACUGAACUCAAGGAGAGGGAACAGGACAAAUGUUUCCAGUACUGGCCAGCAGAGGGCACUGCGACAUUUGAAGACUACACUUUGGAGCUGAAGGGGGAUGCCCUAUGUGACACUUUCACUCUGAAGGACAUGGUCCUCACAUAUGGACCAGAAAAACAGUCAAGGCACGUCCGACACUUUCAUUUCCACGGCUGGCCUGAGAUCGGAAUACCGGCAGAGGGAAAGGGAAUGAUCGACAUCAUUGCUUCAGUGCAGAGACAGCAACAACAGUCUGGAAACCACCCUAUCAUAGUACAUUGCAGUGCUGGUGCGGGUCGGACUGGGACAUUCAUCGCCCUGAGUAAUAUUCUGGAGCGGGUGAAAGCCGAGGGCUUACUGGACGUGUUUCAGACAGUCAAGAGUUUACGCAUGAAGAGACCACACAUGGUUCAGACUGUGGAACAAUAUGACUUCUGCUACAGAGUGGUUCAAGAUUUUGUUGACAUUUUCUCAGACUAUGCCAAUUUCAAAUGACAAUAUCUGCUACAUAUACCCAUGUAUUUUUCCAACAUGCAUAUACCAUUUUGUUAGAUCGCUCUUUUUACGCUUUGCACUUAAACACAGUACUUAAACUUAUUGUUCCAUAUUGUAAUAUAUUUGUUUGUAUCUCUGUCUGUUUUUUUGUGAGCUCGUUCAAAACAGCCCAAAAUAAAAUGUAAUAUUAUGUGUAUUUAGUCAUGGACUUUUCAACUAGCUUUGUGUCCUCAGUAUUUGGAUGUCAAACGUUUUGAAUUGAAAACCUAAGACCAUUUGAUCAAAAAUGGGAAUGAAUGGUUAAUUAUGUUAACAUUGUGUAUAUACGCUGAGUGUAUAAAACAUUAAGGACAGCUUCCUGAUAUUGAGGUGCACCUGGUCAGUCUAUGUCAUGGAAAGUGCAGGUGUCCUUAAUGUUUUGUACACUCAGUGUAUAUUGAUUAACUUAUGCAUAUAAUCUUUACCUAUUUAUAUAAUGUAGAAUUGAAUGUACAUUUUGAGUAUGUUAAAAACAUUACCACGAGAUUGCCUUUUGUUGCCUGAGGUCUGUACCAUAGCUAUGGCACAUACUGUGGAAGUCCACAGAUUGGACAAAAAAAAACUGCUGUUGCGAAGAUACACAACCUGCCAUAAGAGUUUGUCAUUGUAUUACUGACCUUACAAGUGACUUAAGUGCCAUUUAAUAUUUGCUGUGUAUGAUGUUUUUUUUAAAUCAACAGUAUUGUUUUUUCUUUCUUUAUUUGUGCUAUUUUCUACAUUGUAGAAUAAUAGUGAAGACAUCAGAACUAUGAAAUAACACAUAUGGAAUCAUGUCGUCACCAAAAAAAGUGUUAAUCAAAUCAAAAUAUAUUUGAGAUUCUACAACCACCCUUUGCCUUGAUGACAGCUUUGCACACUCUUGGAAAUCUCAAAUAUAAAAUAUAUUUAGAUUUGUUUAUUUAACACGUUUUUGGUUACUACAUGAUUCUAUAUGUGUUAUUUAAUAGUGUUGAUGUCUUCACUAUUAUUCUACAAUGUAGAAAAUAGUCCAAAUAAAGAAACACCCUGGAAUGAGUAGGUGUCUCCAAACUUUUGACUGGUACUGUACAUACAGUUGUAAUAACUUUUUAAAGGUAGAAUAUAUAUGUAUAGCAUUUGUAUGCUUUUCAAAAUAUUGGACCUAACAUUUCAGCGUUUGCAUGAAGCAGUGCCAUACAAAGAUUGGAAAACCUUUCUGAUCAAGAAAAAAUAGUCAACAAGUGACUUCAACUUCAAGUAGACAUAGAUAGCUAAGCCAGCAGACUGUUUUUAUGUUUUUCAAGACUAAAUUAAGAAGUUAGUUAAAUAGUUAAAUAUACAUUUUACUGUUUCCAUAUAGUUAAAAAAACAGCCUUCAUCUCUGUAAUAAACAUGAUUGGUGUUAAGAGAAAUUAUUAUAAUACCAAAAAUAUAUUAUUUAUUCUGUUUAUAGAGUUCUCAACUUGAAAAGUAUAAUUUAGAAACAGGCAUCAAUUUCCUCUUGAUAAGGAGUGUUCAGUCAUAGUGCCCUCAUAUCAAUCACUAAUUAACUUGAUUAUUAGUAUCAUUUAGCAGACACUCUUAUACAGAGCAACUUACGGUGCAAUUAUGGUGAAGUGUGUUGCUCAAGGGCACUUUAACAGUUUUGUCACCUAGUUGCCUCAGGGAUUUCGAACCAGUGGUUUUUCAGUUACUAGCACAACCGCUAGGCAACACGUUCGGCUACCUGCCACCUGGUUAUUGACAAUAGCAAAUUUCAGGAUGCUAGUUUCUGGAAUUUCAAUGUACUGUCAUUUACUGUGAAUUAUAUAUACACAGUAUAUGAUCAUAAAUGUAAUUUAACACAAAUUUGAAUUACUUGGUUACCUGGUUAUUAAGUGUUGUUAGGCUAUCCUUUUCAUACCAAAGGUACAUUUAUGCAUUCAUAACCUCUAAGGAGUGGUUAUCUGUAGCUCUGUUGGUUAUCGGAUGGCACUUGCCACGCCAGUAUAGUAGUGGGUUCGAUUCUCAGGACCACCUGUAUGUACUAAUAACUGUAAGCUAAAUGGCAAACUGUAUUAGGUAAAGAUAUAAGGAUUGUGUCUUCAUUUAGAAUCAGUCUUAUGUACUGAGUAUGAAAUUAAGGCUAGUGGUUGCUGUAGUGCACAAGCAUCUUGUUCCUGUACAGCCUCUUAUAUAUAUUGUUUACCUUAAUUUAACUAGGCAAGUCAGUUAAGAAUAAAUUCUUAUUUUCAAUGACAGCCUAGGAACAGUGGGUUAACUGCCUUGUUCAGGGGAAGAACAACAUAUUUUUUACCUUGUCAGCUUGGGGAUUUGAUCUUGCAACCUUUCGGUUACUAGUCCAAAGCUCUAACCACUAGGUUACCUGCCACCCCAAUCAUAAGUCUGUAUAAAGUUUACAUUUUUCUAUUCUGAGUGCAAUAAAUGCAAUGAAAAUAAACUAAUUUGCCAUU